AUCUCCUAGUAUUCAUCUAAUCACUGGCAAAAUAAGUAACGUCCGCUCGGCAAAGUUGCUUCUGGUAAUAAACACACACUAUAUAUCGGGAAUAUAGUUGGAAAAAAAAAACAAAUAAUUUCUUUUAUUUUAUAAAUAAACUAAAUUUCUGUGUUCAAAUACUAUUAAAACAAAACAACAUGGCCAAUAUCUGUGCGAAAACUUUAUUGCCGGCGAACCGUAUUUUGGGAGCAACAACAAAAACUACUUUUUGCAGUCAACGUGGAAAAUCAUGGUUUGAUGGUGUAAAAAUGGGUCCACCCGAUGCUAUUUUGGGUGUUACCGAAGCUUUUAAACGUGACUCCAAUCCUCAGCGCAUCAAUUUAGGUGUUGGUGCCUAUCGUGAUGACAAUGGUAAUCCCUGGGUAUUGCCUAGUGUUUAUAAAGCUGAACAACGUGUUAUUGCAAAGAAAUUAAACAAAGAAUAUGCCACCAUCUUGGGUAUUCCUGAAUUUUACAAUAAGGCCAUUGAAUUAGCUUUAGGUAAAGAUUCUCAGGUUUUACAUGAAAAACGCAAUGCCACAACACAAGGUAUUAGUGGUACUGGUAGUUUACGUAUCGGUUCUGCGUUCCUUAGUAAAUUCUGGGAAGGUAAUCGUGAAAUCUAUGUACCAAAUCCAACAUGGGGCAAUCAUAUUCCCAUUUUCGAACAUGCCGGUAUGCCAGUUAAGAAGUAUCGUUAUUAUGAUCCCAAUACUUGCGGUUUGGACUUUAAGGGAUGUUUGGAUGAUAUUAGUAAAAUCCCUCCUAAAUCGAUUAUUAUGUUGCACGCUUGUGCCCACAAUCCCACUGGUGUCGAUCCUAGCAAAGAGCAAUGGCUGGAACUCUCCAAAUUGAUUAAGCAAAAGGAUUUAUAUCCCUUCUUUGAUAUGGCCUAUCAGGGAUUUGCUUCCGGUGAUGUAGAUCAUGAUGCUCAAGCCAUACGUAUUUUCGAAUCCGAAGGCCACCAAUAUUGUUUAUCACAAAGUUUUGCCAAAAAUAUGGGUCUCUAUGGUGAACGUGCUGGCACUUUCACUGUAGCUUGCGCCAACAAAGAAGAAACUGAUCGUGUUACUUCACAAAUUAAAAUUCUUAUCCGCGCUUUAUACUCUAACCCACCCAUUCAUGGUGCCCGCAUUGUGGCAGAAAUUUUAAAUGAUGAACCAUUGCGUGCCGAAUGGUUGAAGGAUGUUAAAGUAAUGGCUGAUCGCAUUAUUGGUGUACGUGACAAAUUGAAGAGUAAUUUAAUUAAGAAUGGUUCCACCAAAUCCUGGGAUCACAUUACCAAUCAAAUUGGUAUGUUCUGUUAUACCGGCAUGAAACCCGAACAAGUUGAACGUUUGGCCAAGGAAUUUAGCAUUUAUUUAACUAAAGACGGUCGCAUUUCCAUGGCUGGUGUUACCAGCAAAAAUGUAGAAUAUUUAGCCAAGGCCAUGCAUGAAGUUACCAAAUAAGUAAAAACAAAACGAUAAUCAAGUACCGAAAUAAUUUGAGCUUCUAAACUUUGCUUAGGUUUUGUUUAAGUUUAAGUAAAAAUUUUAUUCUAGUUUUAAGUAAAACAAGCACUUAUUUUCUAUUAAAUUUUGCACCUACUACUCUGCUACUAUGAAAAAUUAUUGUUAAAAGAAAUUGUAUUAAAUAAAAACAAUAUUUAGAAAAAACA